AUGGUUCGAAUGCUCAGCUAAUUAUCAGUUUCAAGUUUGAAAGCCAAGCCUGCAAUAUGAAUCCUGCAAUUUACUUGAGCUGCCUUGUGGUUUUCUCCCUACUUUUGCUGGGGAAAGUAAAUGCUGAAGACGACGAUGAAUUUCGUACAGAAAAGCAGCGCUUACUUCGCGUGUAUGGUGAUUCUUCGGUUGAUGAAGCCACCAGAUACAGGAACGUCGACGACCUGGUCAAAUUCUACGACAAGUACUCCACUCUCCUUCCUUGGAAACCGGAUUUAACACAACGGGCCCAGGAUCUCUUGAGGCGGUACAAGGAGGAAACCGCUCGUGCGGUUUUGGUGGAUGGUGCUCCGGCUCAAGGCGGAUUCUGGCUGCCCCUGGUGAAGCUACUCAUUGUCCAGCUGGGCGUUGAAAUUGCCUCCGAAGGAUUCAAGCGAGCUAUUGAAUCUUAAUCAUUCAUUGUGAA